AGGGAAACGAAGAGGAGUAAAAUCCCCCCGGGAAAGGAGCAGAAACUGGGAACAUUGUCAACUCAAUGUGACUGUUUGUAAAGCAGAAUGGCUUACACUCAGGCCGAAUGUGUGAUUAAGAAUAUCAUUCGGGAAAUAGCCCAGGAGUGCGCUGAUAGAGGACACUCCAUUUCUGAGACUCUUGUAGCGUUCAUGGUUAAAGCCGUUGUUCUGGAUCCAAGAUAUGAGUUCAAUGUUGACAGAACCCUCACGAAGACUGAUGUUCGCAAACUCAUCACGACUUGUGUGGACAGAUUGCUUGAAACACAACGGUCAUCUCUUGACACAAUCAAGAUGCAAGUUUACUUCGAUAUGAAUUACACAAGUAGAGCGGAAUUUCUCGCUGAGCAUCGCAGUGUCUUGGAAUCUAGGUUGGCCCCAGUAUGCAGAGAAAUCACAGACAGUCGCGCUAGGACACGGGAUGAAUUUGAAUGUCUUUACCGUAAAAUUGUAAGCUACAUGCUGCUCCAUUCAGGCCUUGGCUCUCCCACUGAACUAAGUGUAGUGAGAGAGGCAACCGCUGCUCUGCAAAGUGUUUUUCCACAAGUGGAACUGGGUACCUUUCUUGCUCUCACAAAAAAGGAUAAGGAGCGACAGUUGAAUGAACUAAGCAUGAUUGUCACUGGCAUUCGGCUGUUCAAUAAGAACUGUAAGAAGGGUGGUGAAGGCAUUGAUGACUUGCCUGCCAUUCUAAAUGAAGCUGUGCCAGCAACCAAACAAAAUGUUGAGUCUGAGCUACAAGCCACGCAGCAGCUUAUCUACCACUAUACGGCUAUUAUUGAGAGGCUGGAGAAAAACAGAGCACAGUGGUAUGAAGAAAAUGGGUUACAUGAUAAACUGAAGGAGGCUUUAUACAAUGUGAGGCAACAUGAGGUCUUUCUACAUAUUAUUGUGACUGAAAUUGUCACAUGCGCUAAACAGGUAGAAAUGCUGGAGCAUCAGUUAGAGAGACAAAUAUUGGAGCUGAAUGAUAUAGUCAAAUCAAAGGCAGCUGUACCCACCGCCCAAGUCUAUCCUCAUUUUAUUGCUCUCUCCAACCUGUGGACCUCUUUCCAAGAUGAGUUGGUACUGCUCAGUGUCUUCAGCAACUUAGUAACCAACUUGGAUCCAUAUUUGGCAACUCACUCACAGCUGUUUCCAGAUGGGGUCAUUGGGCCCUUACUGGAAGGAGUGGUUGUGAAAACGGAUGAGCAGAGGUUAAGUGAAGUAUCAGGGCAAAGAAUUAACCCAUCAGACUUCAAGAACCGAGAGUGGGUCUUCCCAGAAGACAGACUAGCAUACUGUCAACCAACUUUACAGUAUCGAGGAUUCUGUGCCUACACACUUGGUGCAAGACAUGGUCUCCUUCUGAGAGGAAAUCCAAAUAUUGGUAUACUUAAAUAUCAAGAAAAAUACUACACAUUCUCCUCAAAGGAAGCCGCAACUGCUUUUGCUCAAAAGCCUGAAUGUUACAUUGCUAUGGCAGCACAGGAAGCUAAGCACUCUGCAGAACUCAUUCAGUUGCUAGAGCUCCACCAGCAGUUUUCCACAAUCACUCCUUACACACAGGCAGACAGAUGCUUAAAACCCAUUGAAAAGUAUGACAACUGCACACAAACUGACACUCACAUCCUGGAACCGAAUAUAGUUAAAUCAUAUGAAUGGAAUGAGUGGGAGUUAAGAAGAAAAGCAAUUAAAUUGGCGAACCUGCGACAGAAGGUAACACGCUAUAUCCAGACAAACCUCAGUCACAUGAGAAGAGACAACACUUCCCAAGUCUACCUACCAAAAAACAAGUCAAUACAAACAAAACGAGACAAUUCCAGCAAUGUGCCCAAACCACAGGUCUUCUAUGCUGGUUUGCGUGGAGGAAACAUUACUGAACCAACGCGAGUGAUCAAGUACAAUUUGACAAGAGCAGUAGAUGAAACAUAAAACUGAACGUCCCUGACAACGAAUUUAAUAAAUCAA